AUGAAAUAAUAUGAUAAGGCUUUAGAAGAUGUUAAUUAAAGCAUAUCCAUAAAUAAUAAUUAAGCUGAAAGUUAUUAUUAAAGAGGUAAAAAUGAAUACAUAUAAUUUAAGCAACAAUUUAUUGGAGAAAAUCAAUAUUUGAUCCAGCAUUAUAAGAUUGUAAGAAAUGUGUUGAGAUUGAUACAAACUUUGCAAUGGGUUUUUGUAGAAUAAGUAAUUAAAAAAAGUUUAAUUUAUAUUAUUACUUAUAAAUAAUUUGAAAUAGUAGGAAAAUGAAUUUAAGUUUUACAAUUAGGCUUUACCAAACUUGGAAAAGUAUUUAAUUGAUUUCAUUAAAGAAAUCGAAGAUGAAGGGUCAAACUCAGCUAUAACUCUUUUUCAAGGAAUGUCGAUUCUUUCUUCAAAACCCAGUUCUCCAUAUGGAAUAAAAAAAAUAUUCAUUUAAUUGUUAGUUUAAUAUUUUUCAAUCAUGA